GCUCUGUCAUUGAUUUCAGCCUUGGACAUAAGAAGCCAUGUGUUCUGAUGUAGUUGGGCACAAUUUCGCUUCGCUUUUGCAGAUCCGUGCAAUUAGAUCUCAGACGCUCCAAUCUCGCCUCGCGGACGACCCUUCUAUAUUACAGAGAGCGGGAAAUAUAUAGUCGAAGCUUUGCUGCCUUCGUGUUGCAAAUUGAUUGCUUUCCGCUACGUAUUCCGUGGCCGCCGGCAACUAAGCCUGAUACAAUGGCGCUCCAAGUCGUGUGCAGCAAAUCAGUAUCACCUCCGUUCUUCAUACCACCAGCUGACAAUCUUCACGAUCGACUACUAGUACAUUCCACAUCUCAAGCUAACGCCGGCGUGAGCGUCGCUGACGAUUUGUCAGCACUACUUUGUCAAGAAGUUCUGGAGCCGAUUAAGGAUUUCAAGUUUUCCUCGAGUUCGUCUCUCUGUUCAAGGAGAUCUCACGAAGAGAAGAUGUCAUUGUCCAAGGGGGAACCUUCAGUCACUUGCUUGGGAAAGAUCAAGAGCCACUUGCUCCAAGAAGCGCUUUCGUCGGUCCAAAUUUCAGUCGAAGUGGCGCCGCCGGCGGCGGUGACAGAUUUGAGGACGGAACCGCCGUCGUCAGAAGCACACUGCAUGGUUCGGGCAAUCGAGAAGACCGGCGGCGAAGAAGUUUUUCAUCGCAAAACGCUCUCCGAAAGCGAGAUCUUCUACACGCGGCUUCAAUCGUCGCACGAAGCCGGCGACUCCACAAACGCCGCGGCGGCGACGUCGCCUGAAGGAUCGCCUUCGUCGCCCGGAUCUCCCGCGCCGCCCGAAGCGGACGCGUCGGCGAGUUCGUGCCCGGGAGCACCGAUUAAGCGGAGGAUGGACGACGGAUCGCGCCUCGCUGCUAUUGCAGAUGUCGUUAAGUUCCGGAAGGCAGUCCGAGAGCUGAAUUUCGGGUUCAAUUUUAACGGCUUGGAAGUGCUGCGUUCGUCCUGCGAUGUCGCGCCGAUCGCGAGGAUGGCGACGUCGCAUGAAGGGUCGCAUCCGUCGCCUGCGAGACCGCAUCCGUCGCCUGCGGGGUCGCAUCCGGCGCCUCCAGGAUUGCAUGAUUCGCCGCCAGCGUCCGCUGCGGCUCCUGAAGCGGCCACGACAGCAAAAGUCUACCCGCCGGGAGCUCCGAAGAAACGGAGACCGGGCGAUAGGUUGGAUCUCGCUGCUACCAUGUCGAAGACCAAGAAGUGCCGGAUCGUGUCGCGGAAGCUUAAUUUCGACGCAGCUUCCAGCCGCAUACUUCUGAUGUGAUCGCUACCUUCCAGCCGCAUACUUCUGAUGUGAUCGCUACCUUCCAGCCGCAUACUUCUGAUGUGAUCUGAAAAGCCUCCGACAAUUGGCUUCGAGCUGCAUACUUCCGAUGUGAUCACUGAGUGCCUUCCAGCCGAGUACUACCAAAGCUUCUGACACUUGGCCUCCAGCUGCAUAUUUCCCAUGAAAUCAGCUUCCGACACAUACUAUACCCCCGUGUUUGAUGGUUUCUGUCCAAGCUCCUAAUUUUCGCUGACUCGGCGAAGCAUGAAUCGAGUGAUGCAGACUGAUCCGAUCCGGCUGAAUUCAUGCGGGACUGGUUUCAUUGGUUCUCGGUUUUCAGUGGCCUAGCACGGAUCGACAUACGAGGGAUAUUUUAUCGAAGCUCCUUGCGUGCUCAAUUCUCAGCAUGCAAGUUCCUUUGCUUUUGGCCUCAGGCGUUCAGUUCCCCGCCAUGCCCGUGGGGAGACUCCAGGCGUUUCGCUGGCCGCCAAGUCUUAGACGGGAGGGACGCGACGGCCGCCUGAGAUACCGGCCGAGUGACGGCGAGAAACCUUAGGAGAGUAAAGAAGCGUCCGACCGUGGAGGCGCGCCGUUGAGUAACCUUGAGAUUUCAAGCCAAGAGAAUAGGAGCCUGGACAAGGGGUCAAUGUAUGUCUUGUCAGCUCUCAAGCAGCUGACUUCUGUCAAGGAGUUCUCUUGUGUGAUAUUUUAUCGAAGCUCCUUGCGUGCUCAAUUCUCAGCAUGCAAGUUCCUUUGCUUUUGGCCUCAGGCGUUCAGUUCCCCGCCAUGCCCGUGGGGAGACUCCAGGCGUUUCGCUGGCCGCCAAGUCUUCGACGGGAGGGACGCGACGGCCGCCUGAGAUACCGGCCGAGUGACGGCGAGAAACCUUAGGAGAGUAAAGAAGCGUCCGACCGUGGAGGCGCGCCGUUGAGUAACCUUGAGAUUUCAAGCCAAGAGAAUAGGAGCCUGGACAAGGGGUCAAUGUAUGUCUUGUCAGCUCUCAAGCAGCUGACUUCUGUCAAGGAGUUCUCUUGUGUGAUAUUGUGUGUGGGUGUGCAUUAGGGCGUGUCCAGCGGGUGGUUAAAACCCUGCCCGACCGUUUUAGAUUCUUUAUCAAUCCUUCUAAUUGUGUGG